AUGUGGCGGCGACUAACGAGGAGCGCGACGACUGUCGCUCGACGCCCAUCGACAGUUCAUUGCGUGAGUGUCUCUCAGUUUCAAACGUACCGUUCAUUGCGUCUGCCAAGUACUCAUUAUUUAGCCACAAUCAGUCGAACGUUUGCCUCUACUAACGCUCGCUACGAAUCGCGUGCCCAUGACGUCAAAGUGCGCGAUUUUGCGCUGCAUGAGCUGGUGCGACGUCCGUGGGUCGAUCUGCAAGAAUAUUGUGGUCCUAUAGAGAUGUCAAAGGUGCGACAGACGCUGCCGUUGGUGUGGAAGAAGCUGAUCAGUCACGCACAAGGUAGCGACGAGAUGGCUUCGGAAAUUGUCGAAGACUUUUACGAAGCCGCCAGACGUUGGAGGUUGCCCAAGAUGCAGCGUGAUGUCUUUAGCUACAUGGAGACUCACUCCUUAGAAUGCAUAAGUUUUGAAAGGUAUGGUCAGAUGUUUACCAACCUUCUCGCUGCGAAGGAACCACAGACAAUGCGUGCCAUUUUCGAGCGAGCUAUGACUCGCUACGAUCCGGAGCAAGGACAAAAUCCGCCGGAAAUUGUUUAUCGUCUUGGAAUCAGCGCUGCUAUUGCACUUAAUGACUAUGUGGGGGUGAAGACGCUGAUGCGUGAGAUGGAGGCAAACGGUGUCAAGCCCUCCAUUGAGAUAGUGACACGAGUGAUGGUUGCACAGGCGACAAAUGGAGAUGUGAAGACCGUGGUGAAAGCUGCAGAACGACUAAAUAUGCAGAGUGAGAAGAGUUGGCAUGAGGCCGACUUGAAUCGUGUCAUCACAAGUCUGGGAAUUGCUGGAAAACCUGACGCAGCCUUUGAGUUCUACCGAAAGUCUCAAAUCCGCUUGUCUCCAAAGACACUGAUGAAAUUGUUGUAUGUGUGUCGUAAGAACGCACGGCCAAAGCACGCACUCGCCGUUUUGUCAAAUCGUCGAAGAUUUGGUCUGAAAAUGUUGCCAGAGCAGUAUCCAAUGUUGCUGGAGAUUGUCGAAGAGUUGGAUAUUGGUGGUUUGCCAGGAAAUGAGAUGGCAUUAAUAUGCGAAGAGAUGCAAGCUGAUAACGUGCCAUUUACUGACCGUGUGCAUGCUCUCAUCGCUCGUAAUCAGCAGCAUUUGCAUGGUACACCAUUCCUGGUGACGCCGUCAGCUGAGGGAGAGAUGGAAGCCCAGUUACGCACAAACGAGCUGGAUUUGCCGUUAUUGCACGAGUUGCUGGACGCCUGCAAGUAUGGACAGGCUGCUGCUAUCGUGGACUCGUACGUAUUACCAGUGAGCAAUGAUAUGAUUUCAAGCAAUAGACACUAUGGAGAAGAUUAUCUUAGCGAAGAGCCUACUGUCGUCCCACCUUGGCUGGCUGAUAUUGCGGUUGAGGUAUAUUCGCACAACCAAGAAAUAGACAAGGUGUGCUCGCUUCUGCGUGGAUUUCUGUGCAUACGUGGAGAUUUCAGGCAUGCACUCUCACGUAUUGUGGGCAUUUUCGGCGGCAAGGGCAAGCUGCGCGACAGCCGCAUAGCAUACGAGGCCUUUUUGGCAAUGCAAUUUCAAGGUCUUCAGAUUUUUCGUAUCCGAGAUGCACUUACGCGUUUCAAGCAAAACCAAGAUACGAAGGCUGCAUUAUUGUUGCUAAAGCAGGUGUCUAAGCAAAUUGCAGGAGCUAUGAAGGAUGUUAAAACUGCGACGAGGCAUCAAAAAGACUUUAUGCGAACGCUAAAGAGCUCCGGUGCGCUUCAUUUUGAUCCAGGACGAGCAGUACGCGAUGCACUGCGAAUCCUUUUGGGAUCAAAAGAACUUGGCAUGGUUGUCGAUGCGUUGGAUUAUCUUGAGUCAGAUGGAAUACCAAUACGAUUAAGCGAAUAUGAGAACAUCUUUAGCACCAUGGCCAAGACCAUUGAUAAUGAUGGCAAACUGUACACAGCGGAUGAAUUCAUGCUGGUCUGGGACGACAUGACACGGCGUGAUGUAGCACCCAGCAAGGCCAUUUUACGCUUAGUGGUACCAGUGGUGUGCGGCAGCGUCAUAAACGACAGCGAGAGAUGGAAAGGCAUGAAGCUUACUGUGCUUCGAGGCUAUCAUCAGGCAAUAAAGGAUCGUCAUGACAAGUACGUGCUGCCAGUCGCAUGUUUUUCGAUGUUGCUGGAAGCUGCUGUUGAAAUAGGAACCAUUGAGGAUGUAAAUGCUGUUUAUGGUGGGGCGGUAAAAUCCUUGAGAGCAUCCAUGAACAAGAAGCACUACAGUCCUGCUGAUCACAGCAGAAUAUUGGAAGCAUGGAAUACUACAAAGUUGAAGAAGGCGGCUGAUGAAUGUGGAGCGCUUCGAGAAUACACUUGA